AUGCCACUUAUCGUUUGGCGAGAGAGCGCUGACCCAGACGCCUACGAGACCGCGCGUACAAGCAGACUGUUCAAUGGCGUCAUCCCCCGGAGAUAUCCUGUCGCUAUCGCAUUUGCAAAGUCUGAGCAGGACAUUGUCGAUGCGGUAAAGACUGCUAUCCAAAAGAACCACCGUAUUUCGAUCCGUGCCGGUGGCCAUAGUUAUGCUGCGUGGAGUCUGCGGUCCGACGCUCUGCUCCUCGACCUCGGCCAAUAUGUAGAAAUGGAUCUCGACGAAAACAGCGGCAUCGUUCGCGCAUCACCAGGCGUGACAGGGGGCCAGCUGAACGCCUACUUAUCGACGAGAGGCCGGGCAUUUCCUGUCGGACACUGCCCUGAUGUCGCUCUGGGGGGAUUUCUUCUGGGCGGAGGGAUGGGUUGGAACACCAACAACUGGGGCUGGGCAUGCGAAAGCAUAGUUGCAAUUGACCUGGUGACCGCAAGUGGUGAGCUCAUUAAAGCAGAUGCGCACAAUAACACAGAUCUGUUUUGGGCCGCCAGAGGUGGCGGGCCAGCAUUCCCUGGAGUUGUGACGAGAUUUCAUCUUCAAACCCAGCCAGCCCCCGAGGUCAUCCGUUCGUCUGUAUACGUUUAUCCAGCAGAACACUACAGCGAUGCCUUCAAUUGGAUAAUAAAGAUUGCCUCAAGCGUCGACCAAUUGGUUGAAAUAACUGUUGUUGGAAGCUAUAAAGAAGAGGUUCAAGAUACAUGCCUUACCAUUAUACUUCUUGCAUUCGGCGACGAUGAAGACGCUAUGGUUGGCAUCUUGCAAAAGGUAGAUCAAUCACACCCUGCAGGUUCAUUAUCCCGGUCGUUCUCCGAGGAAACCUCCCUUCACCGCGAAUUAGGGAACAAGUACAAGGCGUACCCUAUCGGCCACCGCUACAAGGUCGACAAUGUGUUUCUGAAUAACGACGCGGACGUGGCUGAGCUGCUGCGGCCGGCUUUCACCACUCUACCGACCAGAAAGUCGCUUGCACUAUGGUCUUCUAUGAGACCACGGAGCACACGGGCGUUGACCGACAUGGCCCUCAGUAUUCAAUCGGACCAUUACUUUGCCCUCUAUGUAAUAUGGGAGAAUGAGGCUGACGACUUGGAAAAUGGCGCAUGGCUAGCUGGCGUAAUGAACGAAGUGAAACGCCAGGCAGCGGGUGCAUAUCUUGGCGAACAGGAUUUCCAAGCUCGCGAAGCCAGAUUAUGGGGAAGUCAGCAAUACGAGAGAUUGGUAGGCAUCAAGCGGAAAUGGGACCCAAGCCACCGAAUCUGCGGGUGCCUUGGGCUGGAGGAGCUCGAUUAG